GUGGACAUGGUGGCCAUGAGGGCCACGGUGGACACGAUGGUCAUGGCGAAGGCCACGGCCAUGAUGAGAACUGCACGGAGGACCAUGGCGGUGGCCAUGGUGGCCAUGGCGGCCAUGGCGGCCAUGAUGGAGGCUAUUCAGGCCACGGUGAUGCUCAUAGCUCAUCGCACGGUGAGGGCCAUGGUCAUGGUCAUGACGGCAAGGCAGCAAGUCGGCACGAUGGCCGGGUCAAUUCAUUUUCCAUAGUGAGAGAGGGAGAGAUCGUCCCUCGUCGCCUCAGUGCUUGGAUGCAGUCAAUAGGGCAGCUUCCUCCUGAUAAAGGUACGAUUUUCCGGAUCAAGGCGAUUCUCGCCGUCAAGGGUCAUCCCUACAAGCACGUCUUCCAUGCAGUCAUGGACGUCAGCGACGAAGAUGAUGCGGGACCUUGGGCAGAGGGCGAGAAGAAGGUUUCCAAGAUCGUGUUCAUCGGCAAG